AUGCUAAUGAGGCUCCGGAGCAAGGGUGCGCGCCUCAUCCAUCCCGCCGGGGGUGACAGGCCGCAAUCGUUAGCGGCGCGCGGCUACACGACGCCCUCUAGGGGGGGAGCGCGACAGGCUGAGGAUGCACGGGCCAGGCCACAGGGGAGCGCGCACACACGGGAGGCCGACACGCUGACGUCUCAGGGCCAUGUAGCAGCUGCUGCGGGCUCCAUCUGCAGAGCCCAGCGCCCUGUCACUGCCUCUGGGAAGCCUCCCCCUGUGGCUGUGGAAAAGGCUCUCAGGCCCCGCCCCCUGUCCAUCACAACGAGGAGAGUGAAGGGAUACCACAGUGUUAUUAAGAGUAAACCUCAGGAGCUCAGAGGUGUGGGGGCUGCCAGCAUGGCCAAGCUGACCUUCAUGGUGGGGGGUCCAGAGGAGGAGUACACGGCUGCCCAGGAGCUACUCACCUGCAUGGGGGCCAACGUGGUCUACUGUGGCCAGGUCGGCUCAGGCCAGGCGGCCAAAAUCUGCAACAACAUGCUGCUGGCCAUCGGGAUGAUCGGGACGGCCGAGACCAUGAACCUGGGCAUCAGACUGGGCCUGGACCCUGCGCUCCUCUCUCAGGUGCUCAACAUGUCUUCAGGACGAUGCUGGUCCAGUGACGCGUACAACCCAGUGCCCGGGGUCAUGGAGGGCGUACCAUCUGCCAACAACUACCAGGGCGGCUUCGGCACCACGCUCAUGGCCAAGGAUCUGGGGUUCGCACAGAGCUCGGCCACCAGCACGCGCUCGCCCAUCCCGCUGGGCUCGCUGGCACACCAGAUCUGUCAGAUGUGCUCCCGCGGCUACGCCAACAAAGACUUCUCCUCCGUCUUCCAGUUCCUGCGAGAGGAGGAGAACCAGUGA